AUGGAAGUCGGGAGCCGCGUCCUCGUGGUCGGCGGGAAGACGGGCGUCGUCCGCUUCAUGGGUACGACAGACUUUGCCCAAGGGGAAUGGGUCGGUAUUGAGUUGGACGGCCCGGACGGCAAGAACGACGGCGAAAUCAAUGGUGUGCGAUACUUCACGUGUGAGCCGCUCUACGGCCUGUUUGCCAAGAAAUCGCAAGUGCGGUUGGCGCGAGUGAGUCUUGGAUACGGCGCAGCCAACCCCAUGGCCACGUCGUCAACUACUAGCCGAUUGCAGCAGAUGCGCGACAAGCGGACGUCAUCGUCUACCAACUUGAUUCCGCCCUCCACGACGACAGGUGCUGCUGGGACCAAGAAAACAAUCCCCAAAGUCGACUCGAGUCCCAAGCUUGUGUCAUCAGCGUCGAGUGUUAAGUCCCCCACGGCAAACAAAGCAUCAGCUCGGUUGUCGGGCGUGUUGUCGCCUACUGCAGCAUCAUCUGCAUGCAAAGAUGCCCCGAAUACCGUUGAUGCUGACAUGAUCACGUUGGAAUUACAGGAAGCAAAUGCCAAGAUCAAUGCGCUGCAGGCUGAGCUGGAAGCGAAAGCUGCACGCAUCACAGACUUGGAAGCGGACAUUGUUCAAGCAACGGCGCAACUCGCCGAGGCGACUGCCUCGAUGGCGCUGCCUGCCACUGUGGCCGAGGGCACGCCUGCAGUCGCCAUUCCACCGCCGAUCGUCCACACCGAAGACAAUCUUCCGACAUCGCCACGAGCCAUGUACGAAGAGAAACUACGGUCCCUCCGCGACGAGGGUAUUGCUCUCGCCGCGAAAAUGCGGCGUGACAUGGAGAUCACGGUGACCAAGAUGGAAAAAGAAUGGGAGGACAAGGAAGCGCACAUGCUCGUAACUUUGGAAGCGGCAGAGGCGCGUGCCGCAUCUCUGGAAAGCGAAGUCGUGGGUUUGCGCUCUCGAAACUCGGCGCUCGUUGCCGCCGAACAUGCCCGCGCCGAGGAGGUGGCGCAGUGGACGGCAAAGCUCGGGGUCGUCCAUCGCAAAGUGGAGGCGCAGGCGGCGACGAUUGCCGACCUCCAGGACGUUGUCGAGCUGCUCACGCUGGAGAAGGAAACAUUGGCGAUGGACAAAGAAAUUGCAGAAGAACGGAUCGACGAACUGGAAGCGCAAGCCGCGACCGCCGCAAUCGUCCAGCAGAAUGCGUUUUCCACCACAGCAGCGUCGUCGUUUACCGACGGAAGCGCGUCCGCCGUCCAAGAAGAGAACGCAAAAUUGCGCCAAGCAUUGCUGGCCAUGCACGAGCGAUACACGGAUGAAAAAUCCACCUUGACGAAGGAGCUGAGAGACGCCACUAAGCUCGUGAACGAACUGUCUCGGUACCGCGACGAAGUCGAGAAUGUGAAUGCCAAGUACACGGCUGCGACCGCCGCGAUCGAAGAGCUCAAGGAGAGUUUGGACAUGGCCAGUGCGUACGAAUCGAUGGUGGAGACGUUGACCGAGACCAACUUGGCGUUGGGUGACGAGGUAGCUGACUUGAAGACGUCGGUUGCGUCGCUCGAGUCGCUCAAGGAAAUGAGCGACGAAAUGGAGCACCAGCAUGACAUGUUGGCGAAGGCGCUGCAGGAAGAGCUGGGCGCGGCCAAGCAAAAGGUGGCGGACCUCACCGCCGCCGCCGCCAUCGCUGCCACUACGAUUGAAGACAAAGACCGCACGAUUUUGCGGUUCCGCGACGUCGUUGCCCGCCACCGCGACGAAGUUGCAGCAUUGCGCGAAAAACUCCGCAUGGAAGCUGGCGAACUCGAAAGCAUGAAGGACACUACCCAGAGCAUCAUGUCGCAAUCGAUGCAGCUCCGUCAAGCGUUGCAAGCGGCGCAAGCCAGCAACAUGGACGCCAACCGACAGAAACUCGCCGCUCAGGAAAUGGCGCUAGAGCACGACUGGUGGCAAACUCUUGUGCCGAUCGGCGUGCUGCAGGACGCUGAUCGCCGCCAGUUGGCUGUGCGCAAGAUGGCCCUUCGUGUGACGACCAAGAGUUGCUGGCUCUUGGAAAUGCUGGCACCGGCCGUCCUGGAGCCACGUUCGUCAAGCACAACCACAUACGCCACCGAAGGCGACGUCGCAGAAGCCUCAGAGAAGGCCCAACCUGCAAGCAACCACAGCCACGAAGCGGCGACUGCGCUCGCGUUGUGGAAACUGCGGCAAGGAAUGAGCCACGUCACACGGCAACUGCACGCUACCACGGUCGACACCAAGUGGCAAGAGUUGCUGCUGUUGCUGGACAACUCAUGGGCUCAAGUCGAUGCGUUGCUCGAUGCCGCGUUGCAAGAGUGGGCAGCAGAAGGGGCGUUAAGUCCUGGACACGACCUGCAGCCAGGGGUCGGCGCCCGCCUUGUCCAUGCCGUCCACGAGUGGCUGCGGCUCGUCGGACCCAAGUUGGAGCCGCUAAGUGCUGUCAACGCCGUCACGGUUGGCAGCGUCAAGUUGGUCUUGCAAUCGCAAUCGUUUCAAUUGGCGUUGCAAUGCACGGCAUUGGGAGACGAUGGGCUGCGCGCCGCUGUGUGGCAGCUCUACUCGCGUGUGGCCGCCGAGCUCAAGGAUGCCACGUCCCCCGACGUGCUCGACAACGGCACUACCCACGACGACGUCCCGCUGGGUGCCAACCACACGUUGGUCGAUCAAUUGAAUGUGUUGGUUGCGUACAGCAAGUCGGUCACGUCGAUCCCGCCCUUUAUUGAACGCGUCAACGAGUGGACAAAACAAGUUACCAAGGGCGGGCUGUUGGAUGCAUUGGCCGUUGAUCCAAAGCGUCCCGACAAGCCGGUGCUCGUGCCAUUGCACGAGUUGCGCGCAGAGCAUAUUCGCACCGACCUGGCCCAUGCGGCGUCGUUGCUCGCGGCCAUCGAAGAAACGACGGAAGUGUGCCACAAACUCCAAACCCGCGUCAAAGAAAUGGAAAAGGCCGACAGUCAUGCCCGGAUGGUCAUUGCAAAGCACGAAGCCGACAUCGCUCGCCUCGACUCUGAACGCCUCGGCCAAGUCGAGAUGGCUCGGAAGCUCGCCGACCAACUCGAAACCGAACGAGCCCAAUGCGACGCGUUGCUCACGGAGCAGCACAAGGAACGCGCGGCACUCGAAUCCGCCAACCGUUCCCUUCGCAAGUCGCUGCGCCGUGUCAGUGACUUGAAUGUCAAAACAAGUCCGUCACAGGACGCGAGCACCGCCGAUCCUGCGUGUUCCAGUGCGGUGGCUCAGCCAAAUAACACCGCCAGCAACAAGGCGUUGCACGUGCUACACGAGCAGCUUCUCGCUGCUCGAAUCGAGUUGGCAUUGGCGCGGCUUCCACCUGUCAACGUGCCCAAGCGGUUGGAGUCAUCGGGGCACGAAAACGCUGGAUUGACUGCUUGUUCCAUGGAGGUCGCCGCACUGACGACCAAGGUGUUGACGCUCAGUGCCUUGCCCGAGUUGGUCGAUCUCUCCAAGACCAACUGUACCAACGACGACGUCAAGGUGGCCCAAUUGCUCCGGGAAUGCCAUGCUGUCAAGGCCAAGGUGUCUGAAACACUGGCGGGCAUGCAUGCCGAUGUUGGCGCUGCUGUCCGCGGGGGCGAAGUGUUCUUCACAGGGCGCAGCUGCGACCCUCGGCCUCAAGACCACGCGUUUCAAACCAAGAACCCGGUCGGUCGACUCUGGUUCGCUGGCCAUGGCACGGAUGGACAUUCGAUCCGAGGGGGGCGCGUCGUCCCGGUCGUGCUCAAUGCGGCCGAGAUGCGCCUCUUGUCGAGGGCGAUUACCCUGGCGUAA